AUGAUCCUCCGACACAUCCACAUCCCCAACCCAAUCCCCUACCUCCGCGCCUCCGCCCUCCAAGAAACCCUCGUCGCAUCCUUCCUCUCCGCCAAAGCCACCCACACCCCCCUCCCACCCCCAGCAAUCAUAACCGCGCAAUUCCACCCCGUCUACACCCUCGGCCGCCGCGACAAAGACACCCUGACCCCCGCGCAAAAGACAACCCUCUCCCACAACGGCGCCGCCGAAGUCCACUACGCCCUCCGCGGCGGCCAAACCACCUUCCACGGCCCGGGCCAACUAGUCGCCUACCCGAUCCUGGACCUGCGCUCGCACGGCCUGACGCCGAGGCGCUACGUGUGUAUGCUGGAGCAGGCGCUGAUAGCGACGUGUGCGCGGUACGGGGUGUGCGCGGGCACGACGGAGCAUACGGGCGUGUGGGUGGGGGUGGGUGAGGGGGAGGGAGAGCGGAAGAUUGCGGCGGAAGAUGUAGGAGGCUGUGGGGAUCGCAAAGCCCGGCAUGAUGGCAGAAAUAUGAAUCAACAGAGUUCAAGAGAAUAA